CACAACCACACGACCACCUCACUCUACACUUGCUCCAUUCUGCUACUAGAGGCCACCUGAGGACACUCCCGGCAAGAGAAAGAAAGAAAGAAAAAAUCAAAACGAUCAACCAUGGCGUCCAAGACCGACAAGAUCGAGAAGAUCAUCGCCCGACUGCAGGCCCGCAUCGGCGAGGGGCAGUACUACGAAGCCCAGCAGCAGACGCGUGUAGUAGCAGCACGGUACAUCAAGGCAAAGAACUGGGACGCCGCUAUCGAUAUUCUCUUCGGCGUGUCACAGUCUCUCCUGAAGGCUGGGCAGGGCGGCAGCGGCGGGGACCUCUGCGUGCUCCUGGUGGACGUGUACAAGCAGGCCGAGCUGAAGCCCGAAGCCACUUCCAAGGGGAGGCUGCUGACAUGUCUACGCCUGUUCGAGAGCGGCGAGCCGACGAGAAAGAAGUUUGUGGACCAGAUGCUCGCUUGGUCCUCCAAGUUCGGCGAAUUUCCUGCCGGAGAUCCAGACCUGCACCAUGUCGCAGGUACCAUUUACGCCGAGGAACAUGAGCCCUACGACGCAGAGCGCCACCUCCUACUCGGCACCCGCGACUCGGCCGAGGUACUCACGCGCAUGGAGUACGAAUGGUACAAGGAGGAUGACAGCCACACUGCUGCAGCCUAUCUCGCGCGUGCUAUCCUCCCGUACCUCCUCGUCGCGAACGUGCGCGCGGCCAACACCUCGUACCAGACCUUCACGAGCCUGCUGAGCGCGGACAAGGGCGCAGGACUGGGCGUGCAGGACGUCAGCAGCGGGACCGCAGAUGUCAGAGUGUUCCCCAGCCUGCCGCUGCUGAACUUCCUGGGCAUGCUGCUGCUCGCCGUGCAGAGGGGCAGCCCCGAGCUGUUCAAGCAGCUGCAGACUAAGUAUGCAAACCACAUCGCCGAGCUGGGCUCGUGGGACGAGGCGCUGGAGAUCAUUGCCGAGAUGUACUUUGGCAUCCAGAGGCCACGGCAGAGCAACCCACUGCUCGACAUGAUGGGCAGCCUGUUUGGCGGUGGCGGCAUGGGUAUGGGCGGUGGUGCUGGAGGGUCGUCCAAGCCACCUGUCAGAAGGGUCGAGGCACCGGCUGUAGAAGGGUUGGACUGAAGUGUCACGUGAAGAGAAAAAGAAGAAAACGAAAAGCAAAAAAAAUAUGAAAAGGAAGAACACGCUACAAUUUGCUACCGCUAGAGAGCCCUCAUUGGAAAAGAAGAUCGCCAGAAGCGCCACACAUGGCUCAAUCGCUCUAGUGUGGCUACAUUAAUCGAGGCUCGUCUUCUUUCUCG